AUGGAAGAGACUGAGCCUCCUUUCACCUCUACAAUCAUGGAUGAGGUGAUGCCACAGAGGUUUUGGAUACCUCCUGUCAUUCAGUACUCUGGGUCUGGUGACCUAUCCGAGCAUGUGGAGGCUUAUCGUUCGUGGAUUGGUAAGAGGAGUCAAAAGCCUAAUACUCACCCAUUUGCCAUCAAGCAAGAGCCGAAGGAGUCGUUGAAAGACUACAUUGCUCGCUUCAAUGAGGAAGCAUUGUUAGUGGAAGAUUACGAUGACAAGAUAACGCUCACCACUCUGUUCAGCGGCCUAAAAGAAGGGAAAUUCACCUUCUCCAUUGGAAAUAAUCGGCCAAAGACAUUAGCAAAACUCAUUGCUAGAGCUCAGAAGUAUACUAACACCGAGGAAUUCUUCAAUGCAUGCAAAAAUGUCCAAGUGGCAGAGUCGAAUGGUAAAGGGAAGAGGCCUAGGAACGAGAUUCUAUUGGACAUCCGAGGAGAAAAGCUGCUGAAUUGGCCCGUUUGUAUGAUGGCCGACCUGGAACAUCGCGACAAACACAAAUAUUGCCGCUUUCAUCGGGAUCACGACCAUAACACCGCCGACUAUGUGGACCUCAAGGACGAGAUCAAGACCCUUAUUCGUAAGGGUCAUCUGUGA